AUGGCCCACAAACUAGAGAUCACAGUGUUAUCUGCAGAAGACCUCCGAAUCAACCGCAAGCUCGUGAAGAAGAACGUCUUCGUCUGCCUUCAGUCUCCGGAGUCGGGCCGGCCGGACGAGACAUGGACGACGGGGAUGGAAUCGGAAGGUGGGAGCCACCCAAAAUGGAAUGAGAAGGUGGAGAUGGAAGUACCAGUACAUGCAAGGUUCAUAACAGCGGAGGUGAGGGAGAAGGGUACAAUGGGGUGUGUUACAAGUAUUGGGAUGGCGAGAAUUCCUGUUUCAGAUUUUAUGGGAAAUUACUUGCCGGAAAGUCGAGUUCAUUUUCUGAGCUAUAGGUUGUGGGAUAGAAAAUGCAGCAAAAAUGGGGUUAUUAACGUUUCAGUUAGGGUUAAAUUUUCAGAACAACAUUGUCGUACCGUGAAGGGAGUCCCCGUGGGCAAUAGUGAUUGCUCUGGGGUUGUACGUGGAAUUCCCGUGUGGUUGAAUAAUUACCCAGCAAAGCUUUGA